GAUAAACGCACUCUCUUAAUUCUGCUUCGGUAACUGCUUUUUCCGGCGUAAUUCUCCGGCGACCAUUCCAUUUUCCGACUGAAUCUUUCUUUCAGGGAAAGAGCAUUCGGUAAUCGAGCUGGUUCUGUUGGAUCUUGCUUGUUCAGGAAGUGAAGAUUAUUCAGACUACUUUCAAGGAGAGAAUGUCUUUUGCAAGGAUUUGGAACCAAGGACGACAAAACAAUGAUCCUCCAGCUGACAAGCCUCAAAUAAGAAACUAUUUGGGAAAGAUUGGGCAAGAUCAGCCACGCUCAACAGUGAUGGAGACAUCCAGGGAGGAAUUACUUUUCGGAAAUAAGCAAACUCCUAUUGCUUUUCUAAACAGUGGUGGAAAUGUGAACACUUCUCAAGUUGACAGCACUCCAAAACCUCAUCCUAUACCAAGGAUGUAUAGUUACAGUUUACCUCGACCCAUGGGAGUACAUCCUUUCAACCUUAUGAGAAGUGUUGUCCCAAAUGCUGUUUCAGGACGCCCAAAUCUGAGGACACAAUCUUUUGAUGCUAAUUUUGGAAACAUUGGGUUAUCUAUGCCCCAAGCAACUGGUGAUCAUCUUAAUGGGAAUGCAAAUCUUCUUAACGUCCAUCAGAUCAGUAAUUCUGGGAUUAACAUGCCUGCAAUGUUCAUGAGAAAUUCGUAUGCUGGGACAAGUAACAUUUCAUCCAACUGGGGUUCUCAGAAUGCUGAUGGUACGGCAACAGGCUUUUUCCGUAAUGAAGUGGAUAAUGGAAGUAGCAGUUUCAGAUUAAUGGGUCACCAGCUGAAGAUAAAAGAGAAUGUUGCUGCAUUUCCAUAUAAUCGCAAUGGAAAUGGAAAUGGAAAUGGCAUGUUUAAGGUGCCUGCUGUCAGAUCAUCCCAUUUAGGCGUUUAUGAUGGCCAUAUCAGUAAGUCUGCACAGAGAAACCCAAUUGGUAGGGUAACACCACCUACACCACCUACUCCACCUACAACUCUUAUGACCCCAAGUUACAAGAUGACUUUACGUAAAAAAGUUGCGCUAAACAACUUUCCUUCGAACGUAAAGAGUUUGUUACUGAGUGGGCUAUUCGAUGGAAUUCCUGUGAAGUACAUAUCUUGGUCCAGAAAGGAGAAUCUUAGGGGGAUCAUUAACUCAUCUGGCUAUAUGUGUGGCUGCACUAGCUGCAAUUUCAAAAAUAUUAUAAAUGCAUAUGAGUUCGAGAUUCAUGCAGGAUGCCAAACUAAGCAUCCGAACAACCACAUUUACUUCCAGAAUGGGAAAACCAUUUAUGAUGUCGUGCGUGAAUUGAAGGAUUCGACGCCACAAAGCAUUUUUCAUACAAUUAAGACUGUCACCGGCUCCCCCAUCAAUCUGAGAAUUUUUUCCAAGUGGAAAGGUAAAUAUAUAGCUGCACAAGCUCUUAACAGAUAGGAAUGAAAGUCUUUCAGAUAUCAGAUCGAUGGGCAUUUGGACAAAUACAGUUUUUUCUCUUCUAAUAAUA